UGAGCCAAUGUCGCUGAUAAAAACGUAAAUUUAUAGAAAUGCUGCUUUCUAUUUAUCUAAAUGGUUUAAACAGAGUAAUGAACUAAUUUGAAUUUGAAUCCAGCACUAUCUGGAACCAAUUUGAGGACACAAAUCCCUAAACAAAUAAAGAUGUAAGGCUGCUUUGACCAUAUCCAGGAAAAUUCAUCUUCUGGGGUUGCCUUCCUUUCACUAUUUUCUUUCCUUUUAAAGAGUCUCCAAGGGUUUUAAAGGAAUGAACUUCCAGUAUGUCCUUAUUUCGUUUAUAUUUUGAUGAUAUUGCUCAAAAGGGGGCACAAAUCGGAUACCCUAAUAACCCUAAGGAUUCUUUUCUUUCCUAUCACUUUCUUCCCUGCUAUUCACUUCACUUGUUCUUUGCAUCUUAAAAUGAGCCUCCAAGCAUGCUACAAGCUUGGUUAAGCUUGUAGAAGAGUGGUCGGAGAGUGGGGAUGCAUCCUGCUUUUGAGAGAUCUUCCUUAGAGAGGAAAAAAUUCUGCGCGCUAUUCUUUUUCUGUGGUGAGUUACUAUUUGCUGGGGUCCCACUGGAUCACGAGACUAGAAUAUAGGUCGCUCCCUUCUUUUCUCCACAAUGUCUGGGGUGAGCCCAGCAAAAGGUAACCGAUUCCAUGAUCACACUCAGCCACCUCCGCUACCGCCGUCGCCAUCGUCCAGGCGCAUGCGCCGCGCGCGCGCGCGCACACACGCAUCCUAACUCCAGUUGAUACGCCCAGAAUCCCCUGCGAAGGCCUGAGAACGCGCGCGUCGCCGCGGCGGGAAAGUUCUGAAAUUACGGAGGAGGCUCCCGGUGCCGGCUUCCUUCGGUCCCUCCCCCCUUUCCCCUCCCGCCCAACAGUUGGAGCUUCCCCGGAGACGACCACCCGCCUAAACAGCACGACUGUUUAAAGUUCUGCCUUUUCUCUCAUUUGAGAUGGCUCAGGAUACAAUAGCCUCAUCUUUGAACUUUGAGUUUUGGCUGAAUAAGGCUGUUGCAUGGGGCCAGGCCACUACUUUGGAAUCCCAGCAAGAUGUCUGCCUUCACCUGCCUCAAUUACAGAAGUUCCUGCUGCAGAUUUAUGAAACCUUGAAACAUAUGGAUUUUUCUACAGCUAUUCAGAGAUUUCCCUUAAUUGGUCAGUUGCUGGGAAGGCUUUGCUGGAAUCCUUUUGUCAUAGGAUAUGAUGAAAACCAGAAAAUUCUAAUGUGGUGCUUAUGUUGUCUGUACUGCAGUGAACCAUGGAAUACUAUAGAGUUGGAAGUCAACAUCUGGAUAAGGAGUUUAUUAUGCCAUCUACUUUCAUCAUCCAAACUUGGACUUAAUGAAGUUGGAACUGUUAGUCAAGCUCUUGGGUAUACAUCUUCAGAUUAUUAUCCUAAAUUGCUAAAAAAUAUGGUCUUAUCAUUAGUGAAUGAACUCAGAGUGAAUCAUCUUAAUGGAUUUAGCACUGGAAAAACAAUUCCAGACAAACAAAUAAAGGCCAUGUCCCUGCUUUGUAUUCCACUCCUCACUUUGCCAGAUAUCUCACCCUUGCUGGAGGCUUUGCUUACCUACCAAGGAGAUGAGCCUAAAGAAAUCCUUUGUUCUGAAUUUUUAGAAGGUGUAAAUGAAUCCUUUUUGCAGAAGAAGAUUACCCUUUCUGAAUCAGCUGUACUCUCUCUCUGGCUUCGUCACCUUCCCAGUCUGGAAAAAGCAACACUGCAUCUUUUUGAAAAUUUAAUUUCUAGGCACAGAAGUGCCUCUCCAGAGGAGAUGGAAUGCUUUAUAAAAGAUUCAUUACUGCCACAAGCAGCUUGCCAUCCCAGCAUAUUCAGAAUUGUUGAUGAAAUUUUUUGGAAUGCUCUAUUGGAAACCAAUGGGACAUCAGAAGUAUUGACUCUUAUUCAAAUAUUUACACGAUGCUUUGUUCAAGCCUUCCAGAAAAAUAAUGAUCAGCUGAAAUUUCCACUUAAGUCCUACUUUCCUUAUAGCUCACCAUCUCUUAUCAUGGUAUUACUCCAAAACCCAAAAGAUUUACCACGUGGACUUUGGUGCCAGCACUUGAAUCACAUUUCAGAAAUACUCAAAAAAAUAGUUGAAGACCAGAGAACUCAAUCCUGCAGAAAUCUCUUUGAACACUGGUUUUUAUUUAUUCAUUUUGGAGAAUGGACCGAUAUUGCUGCUGAGGAAUUACUGAUGUUGAGAGCUGAAUCCCCUGCAACUUUGUUGUGGCUCUUGGCCUUCUACUAUAACCCACAUGAUCAAAAUCAACAGAGGACUCAGACAAUGGUAGAUGCAGCAGAAGCACACAGGCACAUCAUGAAACUCUUCGGCAGAACUCCCCUCUCAGUGAAGGAUUUGCAGGCUGUGACAGACACAAGACACCCUCGUAUUCAACGGUUAAUCAGGCACCUCCUUUUAAAUUUCCUGCUGUUGUCUCCUGACGGACAUAAGAUUGCCCAAGAAUUCAUUAUAACUCAAACUGAUGAAAUAGCCAAUGAGUUUUUGGAUCUCAUUGCCCGUACUACAUACAGAUGGAAUCGUCUUGGUGUUGAAACCCAAAGACCAGGAAAAUUGGCAAAAGACCUCCUUCAAGAACUACAGUGUUACACAAUGAAAAGUGAUUUCUUGUAAUAAUUUGUCAUUAUUGCCAUCAUUUUUUGUAUGAAAUUGUUUCCUCCAUGUUUUUAGAACUAGUAAAAGGAGUUUAACUUCAUAACUCAUAGUUAUGAGUCUUGAAAACCAAUCAGUCAACAAGUAUUUAUGAAGUGUCUACUGUGUGCCACGCAGUGUGGAUACAGUGUGUGUGUGUAAUAUGAAAAGAAUAAGUAAAAAUCAACACAAAGCAGUUAAAGAUAAGGUGGUUUGGGAGCGAGGACAGUAGCUAUUAGAUCAGGAAAAGCUUCGUGUAGAAGGUGGUGCUUGAACUGUGUCUCACAGGGAGGUAGGACUCAAUGAAACAGGUAAAGCAGGACAGUCUGGGCCCAUCUGGCUGGGACAGAGGUCCAUUGGGGCCAGAAAGAUAGGUUUGGGCCAAUUUGGUAGGAUUUUAAAAGGUAAGGAGAAGAAUUUACAAUUUUUGAACUAAAUUUUCUUUUUUUUUUUGCUAUGAGAAGUGAGGGAUGUCAAAUGUAAGAGAUGUUAAAGUAGCAAUAACUAACAAGAUUUGGUGAUUAGUCAGCUAUGUGGGGGUAGGGUGGAGAGUCUAGCAUAGUGCCAAGAUUAAGAACUUGGGAAGGCUUUGAGGAAAUAUAGUGAGCUCAGUUUUGUACAUGUCUCUGGAAUAGCCUGUUAGGGGACUGAAGCUCAAGAAGGUCUGAGACUGGAUGGAGAGAACAUGGAUGAGUCAUCCGCAGAUAGUUGAGAUUUCAGUGUAAGGGAACUGAUGGAGCUACCAAGGGAAAGAUUAGAAAGAGAGAAGCAGAGCACCAAGGACAAACCAAGAAAAUUCUCUUAGAUGAGAGUCUUGAUAAAGAUAAUUAGCCAGAGGAAAAUAAGGAAUGGUCAGGCAGGUUUAAGAGCAGAGAGUAUCCAAUAUGACACAAGGCUCAGUUGUGUCAAAUAUAGCAAAUAAAUUGAGAAAGAUAAAAGGAGGGGAAUCAAAUUUGGCAAUUAAAAGGUUUGUUUUUUAAGUGCUUAAAAUAUUCUAUUAUAUUCUAUGAUUCAAAUAUAAUCUUGAUACUUAAACUAAGGAGAAUCAAAACAAAAACAACGACUGAUAUAUUCGGUCAAUCUGUAAACCUUUAUUAAUCACUUACUGUAUGUUUAGGGACUGUGCUAAGAUACAAAAAGAGGCAAAAAACAGUCUUCCACUUCCAAGGGAGUUCACACAAAAUUUUAAAUGAAAUAUUAGCAAAGAGAUUACAGCAACAUAUAAAGAUUACAUGAUAUAACCAGUUUGAAGUUCUACCAGGAAUGUAAGGUUGAAAACCUUUUGACUUAAUAGACUUGUUAUUAUAUUAACAUAGCUAGAUAGAUAGCUAGAUAUGUAUAUAAAAGCCUUUUGACAAAAUUCAACACCCUAUUCCUAUUAAAAAAGAUAUUAAAAAUUAAGAUAGCUAUUAGCACAUUAAAGAAAGGUAAAUUUAUCUAAAACCAAGAGCCAAUAUCAAAUAUAAUUGGAAAGUUCUUUUCCAAAUUAGGAGUAAAUACAAGGAUGUCUACUAUCAUCAUUAGCAUUUGAUAACGUUCAAGAAAUGCUAGCUUCAGCAACAAGACAACAAAAAAAUCUAAAUGUAUAGGUAAAAUGGAAACAAAUUUAUCACUUUUUUGCAGUUAAUGUGAUGAUUUACAUAAAGAAUUCUGGAAAGCAAACUAAAAAUUGACACAAUAACUUCAGCAAAACUUAAGGAUUUAAAACUUAUCCACAUAAAGGAUUAGGAUUUCUGAAUAAUAUCAAUAAAUCCCAAAAGAGAAAGUCCAUUUAAAAUAACUAUGGAAAACAUAAAAUAAUUGAGUAUAACUGACAAGAAACUAUAUAAAUACAAGUAUAUAUCUGCCAAAAUAUAUAUGGGAACCAUAUGAAUACAAUAUAUGUGAACUAAUAUGAAUACAAAAUAAGGUUUAUGAGAAUACAGACUUUAAAAAUUUAAGAAAAACUAAUUGCUCAUAGGUUGUUAAAGACCAUGCCUAGGUGAAGGGGCAAGUCAAUUCUCCAAAAGCCUCCACAGCUAGGAAUCAUAACACUUGAAGAAGCUGCAAAGCAGCCUUUACUGAUGCAGAUGUUCCUUGUGGAUUGGGAAUGAAAUAAAUUGGAGGCAGAGGGAAGAGGAGAGAGGUCAGAGAACACAACUGCCUCUUGAUCUCCUUGUAUCAUCAUCAUCAUCAUCCACUCACAUGAAGAGAUCCAUUGUACAGGUCUGAGUUAGACCUCCAGCAGCCACGGCAGGUGGCUCCCAUAUCACAACAAUAGGUAAACUAAACCAACAUAAUAAAAAUGUUAAUAGCUAUCCAAGUUUUGUUUUUUUUAAUUUAUUUAGUGCCAUACUAUCAAAAGAUUACAGAACUAGAAAAAUAAUAAUGAAAUUGAUCUAGUGGAGCAAGAUGUUAAUCUCAAGGGAAAUGAGGAGGAAAAGUGAAAAGGAAACAAGUCUACCAAUACUACACUAUAUCAAUGAUGACUACAAAGCAAUAAUCAUCAAUAUAUUUGGUAUCAGUAAAAAAUAGGCUGAUCAGUUAAAUAAAUUGGGUAUACAACAUAUAGAAGCAGAUGCAACUAGUAGACCAGUUUUUAUUAAAUCCAAAUUUUCUACCUAUUGUUCUAAGAAUUUAUUUGACAAAAACUUUUGGGAAAACUGCAAAGCAGUCUGAUAGAAAUUGCAUAUAAGUUAAACUUCACAGUGCAUAACAAGAUAAACUAAGUGGCUUAUCUUGCCACCUAAAGGAUAACAUUAGAAAUAAAUCAGAAGAUCAAGAAAGAAAUUUCCUUUCAGAUAUAUGGAUAAGAAAACAGUUCAUAAUCAAACAGAAUGAAUAACAGAACAAAAAUAGAUGAUUUUUAAUUACACAUUAUUAAAAGGCCUUUUAUAAAGAAAUUCAGUGUAACUGAAAUUAGUCAAUAAAAGGUCUCUGCCAUCAGAGAACUUACUAAUUGGGAAAGCGACUACCCAUUCCUGGAACAUGAUGAAAAGUCCUAGAGAAUUUCAAAAGCAGUGUAGUUACUGAGAAAUGGGAAGAAAAAUUGUUCUGAGCCUCUUCUUUAAAUAGUGGCCCUAGAGCCUACUUGUAGAGAAAAGGGAGGUUCAAUCUUGCAACAUAAUGAGAUUCCCAUUAAUGAAUUUUCCCCAGAAAAGGAAAACAUGAUGGAGAGAUCCAGAGAAGACCAAAAGCAGAAUGCCUAGUAGGGAAUGUGGAGAGAACUAAAAGGAAAGGAGUGUGCUGGAAUCAGCUUGCACCAGCUCAGAAACCAGUUAUUAAAUUUUGAGUGUAAACUUUUAUACCUAGGAGAUUGGUAAAUGCUAUAAAUUAAAGUUGGCUUAUUGUUGUGUUGAUUGUCUACAUUUAAGUGAUGGGGAAAAAAUCUUAAUACAGAUUUGCGCUUACUUUUCUCUUCCCCCCAUCCUUCAGGGAACCAUUUUUUAAAAACUUUAUCAGCACAACCCUAGAAGCCCAUAAAUAAUAGAGGGAGAGAAAAUAAAGUAAUUUUCUUUGGUAAAGAAAUUUUACCAAAUUUUAAAUCUCAUUUCCAAAAUAUAUAAUGAAUUCAUUCAAAUUUAUAAGAAUAUAAAAAAAUUCUGGGCAGCUAGGUGGUAUAGUGGAUAGAGCACCAGCCUUGAAGACAGGAGGACCCAAGUUCAAAUCUGACCUCAGAUACUUAACACUUCCUAGCUGUGUGACCUUAGUCAAGUCACUUAACCCCAAUUGCUUCAGAAAAAAAAAAAUCCCAUUUGAAAAAUGGUUGAAAAAUAGAUGUUUUUAAUGCAGAAAUUCAGACUAUCAAUAAUGAUAUAAAAAUGCUCCAAAUGGCCAAUACUGAGAAAAAUGCAAGUUUAAACAACUCCAAAGUUCCACUUCAUUCAUUAGAUUGGCAAAGUGAAAGAAGGAAGGAAAGAAAAGGAGGAGGGAAGGGCGUAGGAAGGGAAAGAAGGAAGGAAGAAAGGACAGGACCAAAUGUUUUAGAAAUUGCAAGCAGGAAAUCCAUAGAAAUCAACAAAAAGAUCAGCUCCUACGUAGGUCGGGGUUCAAAAUUGCUAGAAAUAUGAACAUCUUUAACUGGCUUAAUUCCAUUUCAGAAUAUAGCUAGAAUAUAAAAAUCAUCAAGCCCCCAAAUUUUGUUUUAUAAUAAGUAACCUAAUCCAUAAGAACUAAUUAGUAUCAGAGCUAGGUCCAAAAUCUAGGUCUCCCAUUGUACUAAAGUCUGACAUUCUUUUUUUAAUGGAAGAUUUUUUAAUAUGGGAAUUUUGGGAGUUUUUUUUUUCAUCUGUCUUGAAUUUAAUUGCUUAACUAAAAUUUAUAUUAUGUCA